AGAAGGGAAUAGUCUAGGCUAAGCUCGAGGCCAUGGCGUCUAUCCAGUGCAAUGCCGGGCGGCUCGCGGCGUCGGCGCCCUCCCUCGCGACCUCCUCGCAGCCGGAUCGCGUCGCCAGCGCCCGAUUCGCCUCCUACACAGGUCUGCGCCAGGCAUCGAAAUCGCUCUUCGCCGGCGCCUCCUCGCCACAGAUUCGUGCGCUGCCGAUUCACAGAUCUGGCAAGGCGUCGGCGACGGCCGUGGUGGAGACCGCGCAGAAGGCCGACACCAAGCUGAUCGAUCUUUCCGUCAACACGAUCCGGUUUCUUGCCGUGGAUGCCGUGGAGAAGGCGAAUUCCGGCCACCCGGGGCUGCCGAUGGGAUGCGCUCCAAUGUCUCACAUUCUUUUCGACGAGGUCAUGAGGUUCAAUCCCAAAAACCCUUACUGGUUCAACAGGGAUCGCUUCGUUCUCUCGGCUGGUCACGGAUGCAUGCUCCAAUACGCCCUUCUCCAUCUUGCUGGCUACGACAGUGUCAAGGAAGAGGAUUUGAAGCAAUUCCGUCAAUGGAGCAGCAGAACUCCUGGUCAUCCAGAGAACUUCGAGACUCCCGGCGUGGAAGUCACGACUGGACCUCUUGGCCAAGGUGUUGGGAAUGCGGUCGGCUUGGCUCUUGCUGAAGCAAAUCUCGCUGCUCGCUUCAACAAGCCAGACGCUACAAUUGUCGACCACUACACCUAUGUGAUUCUCGGGGAUGGCUGCAACAUGGAAGGCAUUUCUAACGAGGCAGCGUCUCUUGCCGGACACUGGGGACUGAACAAACUUAUUUGUUUCUACGAUGACAACCAUAUCUCUAUCGACGGGAGCACUGACAUUGCGUUCACAGAAGAUGUCGAGAAGAGGUUCGAGGCUCUUGGCUGGCACACAAUCUGGGUAAAGAACGGAAACACUGGCUAUGAUGAGAUUAGAGCUGCCAUUGCUGAAGCUAAGACGAUUAAAGACAAGCCAACCAUGAUCAAGGUGACGACCACAAUCGGAUAUGGUUCGCCGAACAAGGCCAAUAGCUACAGUGUCCACGGCAGUGCACUAGGCUCGAAGGAAGUUGAUGCUACGAGAAAGAACCUUGGCUGGCCUUAUGAGCCAUUCGUUGUUCCGGAAGAAGUAAAGAGCCACUGGAGCAAGCACACCAAACUAGGAGCUGACUUGGAAGCUCAGUGGGAGGCCAGCUUGGCUGCUUAUGAAAAGAAGUAUCCAACAGAAGCUGCGGAGUUCAAACAGCUCAUUAGUGGGGAGCUUCCAGACGGCUGGGACAAAGCUCUGCCGGUCUACACUCCUGAAAGCCCCGGUGACGCCACCAGGAACCUUUCACAAACCAAUCUCAAUGCAUUGGUCAAGGUUCUUCCAGGACUUAUCGGCGGCAGUGCCGAUCUCGCCUCGUCCAACAUGACACUGUUGAAGGCCUAUGGCGAUUUCCAAAAGAGCACCCCCGAGGAAAGAAACGUCCGGUUCGGCGUGAGGGAACACGGAAUGGGAGCUAUUUCCAACGGCAUCGCUCUCCACGGCAGCGGCCUCAUCCCCUACUGCGCAACGUUCUUCGUGUUCACAGACUACAUGCGUGGAGCCAUCCGGCUGUCCGCACUCGCCGAAGCCGGAGUUAUCUACGUCAUGACGCACGACUCCAUCGGUCUCGGCGAGGACGGCCCGACUCACCAGCCGAUCGAGCACCUGGCCAGCUUCAGAGCAAUGCCAAACAUCUUCAUGUUCCGGCCAGCCGACGGCAACGAGACGGCGGGCUCGUACAAGGUGGCAGUGCUCAGCAGGAAGACCCCCUCGAUCCUGGCUCUCUCCAGGCAAAAGCUCCCUCAGCUGGCCGGCUCUUCGAUCGACGCAGUUUCCAAGGGCGCCUACAUCCUCAGCGACAACUCGUCCGGAAACAAGCCGGACCUCAUCUUGAUAGGCACCGGCUCCGAGGUGGAGAUCGCUGCAAAGGCCGCGGACGUGAUCAGAAAGGAAGGCAAGAGCGUGAGGGUGGUCUCGUUCCCGUGCUGGGAGCUGUUCGAGAAGCAAAGUGACGAGUACAAGGAGAGCGUCUUCCCGAGCGAAGUGACUGCCCGAGUGAGCGUGGAGGCCGGGUCGACGUUUGGAUGGGGGAAGUACGUUGGAAGCCGGGGUGUGGCGAUCGGACUGGACAGGUUUGGAGCGAGCGCUCCGGCAGGAACUCUGUACAAGGAGUUUGGAUUCACAGUUGACAACGUUGUUGCGAAGGCAAAGUCGCUGCUGUGAUCUCUUCACAUCCAAUCCAGCAAAGAAGUUCCUUGGCGAAGUUUUUUUUCUUCACGCGAGAGAGGAGGAGCUAAUGAAUCCGCUGACACUAUUCUUAUAAGUUUUUUUUUUUUCUUGUUAGAUUUUUUUUCUUGCAGUUAAGCAUGAAGAAGAACGAAGAAAAAAAAAACCAAGCAAAUCGGGAAGAGCGUUUCGAAAAAAUUGUGGCCGGUUUUGUUGCUGUAACGUUGCCAGGCUCUCUUUGUUCUAUUCUAUAUGAUUAAACGAAGUAAUAAACCACAGACCAAAAGAGGCUAUUGGAA